CAGUGCGCGAGGCGCAAACCCCUCCAUCCAGUUGACGAGGUGGCACGAGCUCCCUAGACGUGUGCUGCUUGUGCAAUGGAGUCGCAUCGCAAUCCAUAAUUUGUUCAACAUGUAGCAUUCCAAAGCAGCAUUUUUCAUACGGCUUGAUUAAAAUAAUAGGUUCCAGUAUGGCAGAAGCGAGACGCGGGUGAGCUUCGGAAUUGCUCUCCCUACAAAGUUACCUACAGCGCCGACAGGGUAAAGAGAUUGAUCCGUUCAUUCUUGUGGAUGGUUCUUAAAUCGAUUAACGUUGGAAACACAGGACCAUGACAACCGGACAAGACGAGAGUUCAGUUCGUGUGGCGCUGAGGAUACGACCUCAGCUGGCACGGGAGAAGAUAGAGGGAUGUCACAUCUGUACGCUUGUGACCCCUGGAGAACCCCAGGUCAUUCUGGGAAAGGACAAGGCUUUCACGUUCGACUAUGUAUUCGACAUGGACUCCCAACAGGACAGUCUCUACUGUAACUGCACAGAGAAGCUCAUAGAAAGCUGCUUUGAGGGCUAUAAUGCCACUAUCUUUGCCUAUGGACAGACGGGCUCGGGGAAGACGUACACCAUGGGCACGGGCUUCGACGUGAGCAUCAUGGACGAGGAGCUCGGCAUCAUCCCGCGGGCUGUUGCCCACCUCUUCAGGGGCAUUGAGGAGAGGCGGCGGACAGCAGCUGAGCAGGGACGCCCCGCCCCUGAGUUCAAGGUCAACGCCCAGUUCUUGGAGUUAUAUAAUGAGGAGGUGCUGGAUCUGUUUGACACCACACGUGAUAUGGAGGCCCGAAAGCAGAAGUCGCAGAUUAAAAUCCAUGAGGAUGCCAACGGGGGCAUUUAUACUGUGGGAGUGACAACACGUACCGUCUCUUCAGAGGCCGAAUUGAUGCAGUGUUUAAAGCUUGGUGCUCUCUCACGCACCACAGCCAGCACCCAGAUGAAUGUGCAGAGCUCACGGUCCCAUGCCAUCUUCACCAUCCACCUGUGCCAAGUGCGCAUGUGUGCACCCUCAGACAAUCAGGAUGGUGAGAUUGACAAUCGGCUGGCCAAUGACUCGUCCAACACAGAUGAGUUUGAGACACUAACUGCAAAGUUCCACUUUGUGGACCUGGCAGGCUCGGAGCGGCUGAAAAGAACGGGUGCCACGGGAGACAGAGCCAAAGAAGGCAUCUCCAUCAACUGCGGCCUGCUGGCAUUGGGGAAUGUCAUCAGUGCCUUAGGGGACAGAGCCAAACGAUCAACGCACGUGCCUUACCGGGACUCCAAGCUUACUCGGCUCCUUCAGGAUUCCUUAGGUGGCAACAGCCAAACAGUGAUGAUUGCCUGCAUAAGCCCCUCCGACCGUGACUUCAUGGAGACGCUGAACACACUAAAGUACGCCAACCGUGCACGAAACAUCAAGAACAAGCUGGUGGUGAACCAGGACAGGGCGAGUCAGCAGAUCAGUGCCCUGAGGACGGAAAUUGCGCGUUUGCAGAUGGAGCUAAUGGAAUAUCGCACGGGCAAGCGUAUGGUCGGGGAGGACGGCAUAGAGAGCAUCAACGACAUGUUCCACGAGAACUCCAUGCUGCAGACGGAGAACAAUAACCUGCGUGUGCGUGUCAAAGCCAUGCAGGAGACUAUCGACGCCCAGCGCAUGAGGCUCACACAGCUCCUCAGCAACCAGGCCAACCAAGCACUUGCUAAAGCUGGGGAAGGCAGUGAGGAGAUUGGGAACAUGAUCCAGAACUACAUCAAAGAAAUUGAAGAACUUAGAGCCAAGCUGUUGGAAAGCGAGGCAGUGAAUGAGAACCUUAGGAAGAAUCUGUCCCGAGCGUCCACUCGCUCGCCUUUCUACGCAGGGCCUGGAACUUUCUCCCCCGCGCUUCUUGCACCUGACCCUUCCCAAGAGACGUCCGACAUUAUCGAGCUGGCUAAGAAGGACCUAGAGAAAUUGAAGAGAAGAGAGAAGAAGAAAAAAAAGAGGCUCCAGCAGCUGCUGGAGGAGAGGAGAGUGGAGGUGGGCGAGGAGACUGAGGUGGAGGAAGACAGUGCUGUGAAGGAAGAACCUCCUGACAAUGAGCGAGAAAGAGGCAAUGAAUGUGUGCAGCCAGAGGCAGCCAAUGAAGAGGCAGAGGAAGCACAAGAGGGCAGUGAUCAUGAGGAGGGUGAAGAGGAGGAGGAGGAUGAGGAAGAGGAAGAACUGGACGCUGAAGAGAGUUCCGAUGACUCUGACUCUGAGCUUGAUGAGAAAGAGAACUUUCAGGCUGACCUGGCCAACAUCACCUGUGAGAUUGCAAUCAAGCAGAAGCUGAUCGACGAAUUGGAGAACAGCCAGAGACGCCUACACACGCUCAAGCAGCAGUAUGAACAGAAACUGCUGAUGCUGCAGAACAAGAUCCGCGACACGCAGCUGGAGAGGGACCGUGUGCUGCACAAUAUGGGUUCCAUGGAGUCAGGCUCAGAUGACAAGGCAAAGCGAAUUAAGGCGGAGUAUGAGAAGAAACUAAGUAUCAUGAAUAAAGAAAUGCAUAAACUGCAGGCCGCCCAGAAAGAGCAUGCCCGCCUACUGAAGAACCAAUCACAAUACGAGAAGCAGCUUAAGAAGCUCCAGCAGGAAGUUGUGGAGAUGAAGAAAACCAAAGUGAGGCUGAUGAAGGAAAUGAAGGAGCAGCAGGAGAAGAACCGUCUGGCAGAGUCACGCAGGAACCGUGAGAUCGCCACACUCAGGAAAGACCAGCGGAAACAGGAGCAUCAGCUGAAACUGCUUGAAGCACAAAAAAGGCAGCAGGAACUCAUACUACGCAGGAAGACUGAGGAGGUUACUGCUCUGAGAAGGCAGGUUCGGCCUGUAUCAGGCAAGGUGAGCAGGAAGGUCAACCUGCCUGAGACUGUACAGGACUCCGCCCACAAACUAGGACGGGCAUCCAUUGGAUCAGGAGUAUCCAAUGGCACCAGCAGACUGUACCUUCGCCGACCUUUGGGGGUGUACACAACCCGUGUGGCUCGGGUGAAAUGGCAGAGUCUGGAGCGCCGCAUCUCGGACAUCAUCAUGCAGCGCAUGACCAUCUCCAACAUGGAAGCUGAUAUGAAUCGCCUUCUUAAGCAACGCGAGGAGCUGACACGGCGGAGGGAGAAGCUGAAUAGGAAAAAGGAGCGGCUGGCCAGUGGUGGCCCAGAGGGCGAGAGGGCCGCCCAGCCGCUGGGGGACGAGCUGGAGUCCCUCCUGGCCAACAUCGACUACAUCAAUGACAGCAUCACGGACUGCCAGGCCAACAUCAUGCAGAUGGAGGAGGCCAAGGAAGAAGGAGACACCGUGGACGUCUCUGCGGUCAUUGGCUCCUGCACACUCUCUGAAGCUCGCUUCCUCUUGGACCACUUCAUGUCCAUGGCCAUCAAUAAGGGUCUGCAGGCAGCCCAGAAGGAGUCUCAGAUCAAAGUUAUGGAGGGCCGUCUAAAGCAGACAGAGAUCAACAGCGCCACGCAGAACCAGCUGCUCUUCCACAUGCUGAAAGAGAAGGCGGAGUUUAAUCCUGAGCUGGAUGCCCUGCUGGGGAACGCCCUGCAAGAGCUAGGUAACAUUCCCUUGGAGAAUGGCGAUGACAGUAGCAGCGAUGAAUCCAUGCACAGUCCUGGAGCCAGUGGAAGCACUCUGGCAUCUGACCUCAUGAAACUCUGUGGCGAAACCAAGUCCAGGAGUAAGGCCCGCAGAAGAACCACCACUCAAAUGGAGUUGCUUUAUGCAAACAACUAUGACUCUGGCCCUGACACACCCAGUGGAGACUUCACUGGCUCACUCCAACCAAUGGCUGAAACGCCUGAAGGGGGCGCAGACCUAGAGUCUGCUGGCAGUGCGGUGAGGGACUACAUAGUCCCUCCUGCCGGUCUGAUCUCUAGAAUGGGAAGCAUCAGCUCUAGCAGCUCCAGACCUCCACCGGUGGUGGAAAAGGGAAUCCCAGAAGCAUCCCCACUCACACGCAGGAAGACCUAUGAGAAGGCGCAAGCAGCAGCCGACAGGGCUAAAGCCAAAGAGAUCAAACAAGGGGUGAUAAACCCAGUGCCUGUGUCAAAGAGCAGCCGUAGCAGUGCUCUGCAGUGUGUGCAUGUGGCCGAGGGCCACAGCAAAGCUGUGCUCUGUGUGGACUCCACUGACGACCUCCUUUUCACUGGAUCUAAAGACCGUACCUGUAAGGUGUGGAACCUGGUUACGGGGCAGGAGAUCAUGUCUCUGGGUGGGCAUCCCAACAACGUUGUGUCUGUGCGCUACAGCUCCAGCCUGGUCUUCACCGUCUCCACCUCCUACAUUAAAGUCUGGGACAUACGCGAGUCAGCCAAGUGCAUCCGCACACUCACGUCUUCUGGCCAGGUCAACGCAGGUGAUGCUUGUGCAGGUAGCACUAAUCGCACAGUGACUAUCCCCGCAGGAGAGAACCAGAUCAACCAGAUUGCCCUCAACCCUACAGGCACGGUGCUCUAUGCAGCAGCUGGCAAUUCUGUGCGCAUGUGGGACCUGAGGAGAUUUGUCUCAACAGGGAAGCUUGUCGGUCACCUUGGACCAGUCAUGUGUUUGACUGUGGAUCACUCUGGCAGUGGCCAGGAUCUGGUCAUUACUGGCUCUAAGGAUCACUACAUCAAGAUGUUUGAUGUAACGGACGGAGCCGUGGGCAGCAUCGGGCCCACCCAUAACUUUGAGCCUCCGCACUACGAUGGCAUCGAGUCCCUGGUGGUGCAAGGAGAUGGCCUGUUCAGCGGCUCCCGGGACAACGGCAUCAAAAAAUGGGACCUAACUCGUAAAGACCUCCUGCAGCAGGUCCCUAACGCCCAUCGGGAUUGGGUGUGUGCGUUGGGAGUGGUCCCUGGCUCUCCAGCCCUACUCAGCGGUUGUAGGGGUGGCGUGCUCAAGCUCUGGCACACGGACACCUUGAGCACACUUGGAGAGCUGCGAGGCCAUGAGAGUCCAAUCAACAGCAUUACCACCAACAACAGCUUACUUUUCACCGCCUCUGAUGAUCGGACAGUAAAGAUCUGGCGUGCGAGAGGAGGCCUGGAUGGAGCCACUGACAUAACUGACACAGCGGAAGAAGUUGCCAGCAACUGACUAGCCUGUUUUGUGACUGAUAAUUACAACAGUGACACCAUUGCUAAUGCCCCUUUGCACUUUGACCACUCCAACUAAAACUGUACACCCGGUAAAUAUUGAGAAUUCAGCAGAGGAAAAAUCACUAAAUAAAAAUGGAUGUAAACAGCCCAGAAUCUGAACCAUCACUAUGGUUCCUCUUUCCACGAGGGCUCUUGAAACCUUUGUCUUAAUAAUGUGAUCACUACAAAAAGCUAGCCUCAUGGCACAGUAAGCUUAUUUUGAAGACUGCAAUGCAUCUUGAUCAUCGGGAACCACUGGAAGAACCUAAGAACCUUUCCGUACACGGUUUAGUUGGACACAAAUGGGAAAUCCAGACAUUCUGUAGCUGGCUUCAGUAGUCUGGUUCUCUGACCUCCUACAGAAGGCUGUGGACCUACACCCUGUGCCUCUAGAGAGAUCUGCAGGCAUCUGUUUCUUUGCGCAUGUUGAGUAACUAGCUUUUGUGCGAAGUGGUCUAAGUGGAAUCACCAUGCCCUUAAAUUUCUGUCCAUAUGUUUCAGCUGUAGGAUCGGUGCCUGCAAAUCAUCGGCGACGAAAGAGUGGGACUCGCCUCUACUAGAGACAUAACUUACUGAUAAAUCCUAUGACAAAACAUUAUUUAGAUAGUGGAACGAGAGAUAAUUCUCUAUCUUCACUGGUUAUCCCGCUUUUCUUAUACUCAUUCAAUCUUACUGUCAUUUGGAACUAUCUGUUACUACUAAGUACACUCCAACUCUGUCUCUCAGCUCCUUUGUGAAAUAUCCUUGCUGCUAGACCACCACUCACCUUUAAACCUGUCUAGAAACCUCUCUGAAAUGCCUGAAUGUGCAUUUACUAGCAUAGACACACCUAUUCAAGAUCCUGCCCUGUGAAUAUGUAUGUGGAUGUAAGAAUGACAUAUUAUAAUCUGUAAGCAUAAAACCAUCAAGAGCAAUGAUAUCUCUCCACACCUGGUCUCUGUGUGCUGGUUUACACUUCCAUGUACUCCCCUUUUGUGAUAUGCAAUUGAGAGGUUAAUGUGUACAUGUUCACAAAGUGGAACUAUACCACUCAUAUAUAGUCCUAGUGGUUUUAUUGUAGUUACAGUAGGUAAAUUCAGUACGUUGUGUAAUAUGAGGCUGGUAACUGACUAAUAUGCUUGGAUCACGCAUGGCUCAAACUCAGAAACAGUGGACCAGAAUUUGGGAAGCUGAAAUGGCACCGCAACACUAAGAACCAUGUCCAUGUCCUUUCCCUGUAUGGUAUACUCGUGUCUAGUGAUGGUCUGGCUUAUUCUGGUCACAUUUAAACAGGAUGUAUUUGUGAAGUCCUGGGCUUUCCCUGGAAUUUAAGCCGGCUGACCCCUUAGUAAUUUGAAUGUCAGAUGCCACUUGAAUUAAAUGCCAUCUGUCAAAAACCACUCAUUGCCAGAUGUGUGUUGUUAUAAGGGUAAAUUUGAUACUGUGAGAAUGUGAUGCACUGGAUACAGCAACAUUUGUGUAUGUAUUUAUAUAGAUACUCAUUAGCCACUUUAGAAACACCUUCUGCAGGUGCACAGAAGGUGUUUUUUUUUUUUAUGGUGAGCAAUGAGUAUAUAUACCUGUGUGUGCAUUUCUGUGCACGCUGCAUUUGUUUAUUACAUAGAGUAAACUAUUAUGUGUUUGUAGGUGGUCAUAAAAAUAUGCUGAUUAAUUUCGGCAGGAGGCCAUUUUUUAUCCACUAGGGGGAAGUGUUGCAACUCUAUUCAUGUUUCAGUUUGGUUCAUGUCACCUGUGAUAGUGUGUGUGUGUGUGUGUGUGUGUGUGGGCGUGUGGUCUGUGUAAUGGUGUGAGUUAUCCUUCAAAACAGCUGUCUCAUGUAGAGCUGAAAUGGAUACCUUUCUUUGCUUGUAAGACACUUUAAUCUAUGUUAUCCAUCAAUAUGCAGGUGUUUGUCUUCAGUCUCACUUGCCUCUCAAUAUUAUCAUAAUGCGGUGGCACCUGGGUUCAGAACAAUGACAUGGUUGGAUAAGAGGCAGACUCAAACAGCAGCCUGGCGACUGCUAUCUCUCUGCUGCUAGUUUUGUGGAAUGGUCCUCGCAAGCAAAUCAUGGUGAAAUAUUCAGCAUUUUGGUUUUUGAAGAUGGAUCUUUCAUUUCUGUCUCAGUGGUAACGUUAAAAUGCCCAUAAAACAUGACAUGACUAUUUUAACUAAUCUGAGCAGGUAAAUUAUUUAUGAAAGUGUAAAAAGGCAUUUUCUCUGGUAGAAGUUGCUCUAUGCUGUUAGUUAUGUCUGCAUAUUUUUUUCUGUAAUUCUAAUGCUUCAAAUAAAAUAUUAAAAGUUAAUAAUGUAUUAGCACAAAUAUAUUCCAUUAAAACAACUGGAUAUAAUAACUAA